GGCUUUGUGGUGAAAUACCAGUGACAGAAAACUAAAAAGAUAAAUAUAUACAUACAUACAUUUUAAAUAAUCUGUAAUGUUAAAACGCAAAGCUGAAACUUCAGAAGCAGCCAACGAAAUGGCAGCGACAGCACCAAAAACAACUCCCACAACUACCGUGCAGUCAAAGGGGGAUUUUAUCAUUGGCAAGGAAGAGCCACUUAAGGACUACAUCAAGCUGAUCGAGACGCGCGUAACAGUAGAUCAAAUAGUCGACGAUAAGGUUACCAAGGAGAACUUUGAGCAAAUCUCAAGUGCGGCACGUGACGUCAUCUGGCAAUUAUUGUUCAGUGACGAGUUAGGCGACGCUGAGUCACAGAAAAAAGCUGGCGAGUUGCUCGAAGAACUGAAAAGUGACGUCAGCUUCUAUGGACCCUGGGCCUACAACGAGUGGAUAGUUACGCUGCGCGACGAGCUCUUGAAAAGAAAACUUCUCGACUUCUGGCGGGACACUAUUGUGCGCAAGCAGUUGGGUCCCUGCUGGUCCCGCGACUCGGAUCUGUUUGACUGCGACGAUGUGCCACCGCUGGAGUUCUAUGCGCAUGCCGGCUGCGUGGCGCCCUUUGCAGCCAGCUUAAAGGUGCGAGCUGCAGAGAAAGCGGCAACAAGCGGCGACGAGGAAGCCAGCAAUCAGAUCGAGCGUAGCUCUAACAAUGCGACAGCUUUAACGGGCGACUUUGAGGCGAACAUAAGCAAGACGGAGCCACUCAUCGACUACCGCGACCUGAUGAAACGCUAUGUGCUGACCACCGUCAUUGUGCCGGAUGAGGUGCACAAGAAGAAUGUCGAAAAGAUUGGCCAGGCAGCGCGCAAUGCCGUAUGGCAGCUGCUCUUCGAGGGCACGCCCACCGAGGUUGAGUACCAGAAGGCCGCCGAGCUGCUGCAGGAGUACAAAAGCGAUGCUGGCUUCUAUGGCCCAUGGGAAUACAACGAUUGGAUUGUCAAGGUCCGGGAUGAGCUGCUCAAGCGCGACAUGCUUACCUUCUGGUCUGAUAUGAUUGUCAAGAAGGAGCUUGGUCCGUGCUGCUCCCGCGAUUCAGAUUUCUUUGAUGCCGACGAUUCAGUGCCCCUGGACUUUUACAACAAGGCCGGUUGCAAGGCGCCCUUCAACAUGCCGCAAAAGUAAUGCGAAUAUGCAAUCUCUAUUGAGCACAUUUAAUUUAAGAAAACAUUUCCAAAUUGUAUUUAUUAUUUGGCUGAGCAAAUUCUUAUGGAUUAAUGGUAGCUAAAGCAUAGCUGCAUUUUAUAAAUUGUUAAGUUUCCGAUUGGAAUAAACCAACAAUUGGUAUUUUAAUGUUAAA